AUGAGAAAAUCGAAAAUUAGAAAACCUCCACCAUUAUACGUUCAAACGUACUCGAGAGAAUCAUCACCGUGUUGUUCAUCUGUCCUCUCGGACUGCGACGCGGACGACGAAGGCUUCAUGUCGUCAGGAGAAUUCCUGCCGUCGAGCUCGAAGCCUUUGAGUCUUUCUAUACCACCUGGUCCUUAUUGUCCACGCCGGCCAACUUUACAAGAGGUCUUGUCGAAUGUUGCACCGCCACCAUGGACAUUAAGCGCCUUCAUGGCAUACCUGUCACAAAAUCAUUGUUUGGAAACAUUGGAAUUCACCAUGGAUGCCACCCGAUAUAAACAUCAUUACCACACGAUAUAUGGUAGAGAUCCAUAUUCACCAUUAUCACCUACCGACCAAGAUUGCGAAUAUGUUCGAAUGUUAUGGCGGAAAUUACUGGAUGCUUACAUUGCGCCCAACGGACCACGAGAAGUAAACCUACCUUCGGAUGUUAGGGAUCGACUGAUGCGUUUGCCAAACGUAUAUGCGGCUCCAGACCCUAGAGAAUUGGACCAAGCGGUCAAGAUCAUAUAUGAGUUGAUGGAUGAAUCAGUUUUAGUUCCAUUCCUGAACUCGAUCGCUCCUUCGUCACGUGGUUCCGAGCAUAGCCCUUGGGCCUCUAAUGAGUCGUUUGUUGAUACUGCUAUGGCUGGAUCGUUGGACGAGCGAUCAUUAUCGCCUGCUCGAUCACGCGCGAGAAGAGGAAGUCCACCUCUUAGUGAGGAUAAGGUUUCUCAUUCCCAUAGCCUUCCAUCACAACGAUUAUCGCAACAUUCGCAUCUCACUGCUGCAUUAGGUCGCGCAACUUCCUCUCGCUUAUCAACAUUUAUUUCUGGAUCUUCAGGAGCUUCCUCUGUGGACCCCGAUGGUCUUACGGAUGAUACGGAUUCGCCAUCUUCCGUGGAGCUGCUGACCCCACCAACGACCCCUCCAACUUCAGAUACUGGUUUCAUGAGUGACUCACCUGGAACGAGUCCACGUCAUUCUCGCGAAGGGAGUAACAGCUGGAAGAAGAUGAGUGCAAAACUCGGUUUCAAGAAAAGUCGAUCGACACAUGGAUCGACAAGUAGUUCACGAGAUUACAGUGGGAGCGACGAUCAUAGUGGUAGUCAACCAUGA